AUGUGCUGGGUCGGCUCGAAGCCUCACCACGGCCCGCUCACCGCCACUUUCAGCCAGACGUUCGGCCCCGAGGCCCUCGUGGCCGCCAGGCCGGGCGGCCGCCUCUGGGUUGCAGACAGCUCCUCGGGAACGGUCAGCACCACGCUGAAGUUCCAGGGCGCCGGGGGCGACGACAAGGUCGCCCUGGGCCGCCUGGUAUCGCUGGGCCGCAGCAUGCUCCUCAGCUGGACGCGUGCAGAGGGUGAGGCCGGGGACGCCUCUGGAGGCGACGCUCCCGCAGCCAUCGCGCUCCUGGACCUGGACUCAAUCUCGGUGCACCAGCAGUGGUCGCUGGCGCCCGUGGUCGACGUCGUCCGGUGGAGCACGAGCCACGUGAUCUUCGCCCACAGGGGCGCCCUGUCGGUGCUGCUGCUCUUCGACACGCCGCUGCAGCUCCUGCAGGGCAUCCUGUCCACCAGCGGGCCAGAGCUGCCCUCGCGGCCCCCGCUGCUGGCCGCCUGCCUCGGGCGCGCCCUGGAGCUCCGCGAGCCGCUCGGCGGCCAGGCCUCCGCGCGCGACGUCCUCGACUGCUUGCGGCCCCUGACGGACGCCGUGGCCUCGCUGGACGGGGACGCGGCGGCGGGCGGCGGCGGCGGCCAAGGCGACGCGGUUGGGGCCAGUGGGGUCGACGCCGACAGGGUCGCGCCGUUCAAGCAGUGGGUGGCGGAGCUGGAGGCCCAGGAGGCCGACGCGCUACGCGGCGGCUGCGACCCGGCGCUCUCGCUGGCCUUGUCCCCGCUCGCCAACUUUCCCGUCG